AAGAAAUUUGUUGUGGAUUUUCAAUAAAGCACACUUAAUUUAAAUGGUGUAUUGGAGUCAAAAGACUCGAUACGGCAACUGUUUUGUUCUACGGAAGUAGGGCAAUAGCUUUUAUUUUGAAAGCUCACCAAUCAGCGUCACUAGAACCCGGAAGUGGUGGGUUGUCAACAAGGACUCCUCACCCAGCGUGAUCUUGUGUGGACAACGUGGCAUGGCGGGGCGGGUGGCUCUGCGGGCUCUGCGGGCUCUCCAUACCUUGCAACCACUUCAUGGGGUUACUCCUACCUGCCUUCUCGCAGCCCUAUUGGAGGUCCCCGCUGUUCUGCUUCCGGUGGGGAGGGCGCUCCACCUGAGCCCCGCCCUGUGCGCGGGUCACAACAAGUGGUCCAAGGUGAAACACAUUAAAGGGCCCAAAGAUGAGCAGAGGUCACGACUGAUCAUGAAGUUUGCCAUGAUGAUAAAGGUCGCUGUAAAAGAGGGUGGAGCCAAUCCAGACAGGAAUGUCAAUUUAGCAAACAUCGUUGAGCAGUGCAAGAACAGGAACGUACCAAAGGCGUCCAUAGAGACUGCAAUCAAGAAUGCGGAAAAGGGCAAGGCAGCAUCCCCGCACAUGUUUGAAGCUCGAGGACCGGCCGGAUGCUUUCUACUAAUUGAAGUCUUGAGUGACCAGGUGACACGCAGCCGCCAGGAUAUCAAACGUGUCCUUACUAAAAACGGGGGGAUGCUGUCACAGGGAGUAAGCGGCAACUUCUCCAAGAGAGGAGUGGUGGUGAUACCAAGUCAGAACAUCACGUUGGAGCAAGCGCUAGAGCUGGCCAUUGAAGCUGGAGCAGAGGACGUUGAGGAGACGGCGGAUGAGGACGACGCUCCCAUUUUGCAGUUUAUAUGUGACACUGCUCACCUGUGGAAGGUGCAGGCCUCAUUACAGCAGUUAGGGAUGCAGGUGAGGUCCAUGGAAUCCGAGUUUGUUCCUCGCAUUCUCUUGUCUCUGGACGAGGACCAGCUGGAGGCGGCUUCCACGCUCAUAGAGGCCCUCAGUGAUGUUCCAGAUGUGGUUCGCAUUUGGGAUAAUAUCCAAGUUCCAAGCUGAGAGACAUUAAAGACACUAUAGGAAAUGGGCACACAAAAAGAACGGAUAUACUGGAGUGUAAUUAAGGAAACCAUCAAGAUAUGCAAUAAACACACCAAUUUUCUGCCAUUAUGA